AUGUCGGGCAGACAAGUCUACACCGAGACAUCGUACUCGUCCUCCCACGUGAGCAUCCCCGAACGUGACUCAAGCUAUAACGCACUAACGGGAUAUCAGCCAAGCCAGAGCCAAACCAGCAUUGAGCAGAUGAGUAUUACAGAGCUCUUCUGUGACCAGGGAGACUCUGAAGGUGAGGAGACAUGGUCAUGUUUCGAGGAGUAUAUCGAUACUAAGCUCAAAAUUCAGGGGUCUAAAGCCUGCGCCCCGUGGGCUAGGCCAGAAGACUUUAUCCCGGGACGGCGAAUGUUCACACCGCCAGUCAAACCGCGACCACAUCUUGGCAAGUUCCGACGCCAUGGCUUAUUUGGGGUUGAUGAAGUAGCUUUUCAUAGGCCGCCAUUGAAGACCAGACUCCCCUCACCACUUGCUAGGCCCCCUUUGGUAAAUCAUUUCGAGUAUACACGGUCUCAACUACAGCUAAGCUUUGAGCGACUUCAACAACUUCCCAAUCUCAGCUUGACCUCUUUAAACCUCGACUGGGACGCAAGCUCAUUGGAGUCAAUUCAUACCCCCCGAGAGGAGAUAAUCGAGGAGACGACCGAUGUCCGAAGUGGCCGGGGCCUGACUCCCCCAGAGACAACUGAAAGCCCGAAAAGGGGCGUAGUCAAAGUGCUGGCGGGUUUAAAGAAGCUGUUUCUCAAGAAGGUUAAGAAAAGCACAUAA